AAAAAAAAAAGGUCUUGGUAGCCUAACCUUAAGACCCUAACAUAAGCACCUUAAAACCCUAACCUAAACACUCAAAAAACAUUAGCCGCAGCCAUGGUUGCUAGAGGAGGGCGUGGUGGCGGAGGUGGAUUCAGGGGUGGUCGAGGCGGCGAUGGAGGGAGAGGAGGAGGGAGAGGUGGUGGUAGAGGUGGAUUUGGUGGGAGAGGUGGCAGCGCGAUGAAGUACGGUGGAGGAAGAGGUGCCGGCGGAAGAGGUGGCGGAAGAGGCGGCGGCAGGGGUCGCGGAGGAGGGAUGAAGGGAGGGAGUAGAGUGGUGGUGGAGCCUCACAGGCAUGCGGGAGUAUUUAUAGCCAAAGGUAAAGAAGAUGCUCUUGUGACCAAGAAUAUGGUCCCUGGUGAAGCUGUCUACAAUGAGAAGAGAAUCUCUGUUCAGAACGAAGAUGGGUCAAAAGUCGAAUACAGAGUAUGGAAUCCAUUCCGUUCUAAGUUGGCUGCGGCCAUCCUUGGCGGAGUCGACGACGUCUGGAUUAAACCUGGUGCCCGUGUACUCUACCUUGGAGCUGCUUCAGGAACCACAGUAUCUCACGUCUCUGAUGUCGUUGGCCCUGAGGGAAUGGUGUAUGCUGUGGAAUUUUCCCACAGGAGUGGCAGGGAUUUGGUGAACAUGGCAAAAAAGCGAACGAAUGUAAUACCCAUCAUCGAGGAUGCUAGACAUCCAGCAAAAUACAGAAUGCUUGUAGGAAUGGUUGAUGUGAUAUUUUCUGAUGUUGCUCAGCCUGAUCAGGCAAGAAUUUUGGCACUAAAUGCAUCUUACUUCCUGAAAGCUGGAGGCCAUUUCAUGAUUUCCAUCAAGGCAAACUGUAUUGAUUCAACUGCUCCUGCCGAGGCUGUAUUUGCCCAAGAAGUGAAGAAGCUGAAAGCAGACCAAUUUAAGCCUAUUGAGCAAGUUACACUCGAACCAUUUGAGCGAGACCAUGCUUGUGUUGUUGGUGCUUACCGAGUUCCAACAAAACAAAAAGCUGCUGCUGCCUAGGGGCUUUUUUCUACUCAAAAUCUAUUGUGUUUUAGCGUUUUUGGAUGAUUUUGUUUGACACUCCUGUAAUUGUAGGAGGGGCUUUGUCAUAUAUAUUUUGCUACAUGCUUAUUAGUUAUAUUAAUCUACUUAAUUAGUUGCUUUUUGGUUCUUGUGUUGGGGCAUAUGUCUUUGGACUAUUCAUGCAAAAUUCUCUUCCGGAUGCUAUUUUCCUUU